UGCUGCCAGGGCCGGACCAGCUCGAGCCAGUCAGAGCGACGAGCUGUCGGGCUCGAGUAGGACCCCCGUUCAGGUGGCAGGUUACUAGCGGCCGAUGCCAGCUCCGAGCGGAUGGGGGUGGUGUGUGGGUGGCCAGUUCCUCAGUCGGAGCAGGGCAGCUUGGCGAGGCGGCCAUCUUGUCAGGCCCCAGCGCCUUCUCUCUUUUAAUCCCCCGCUGCUGUCCUCGACUUCGUUCUCGAACCUCAUCUCGAUUUUCCUUUUCGUCGUUUUUCCUUUCCUUCUCCUUUGCAUUGUGUUCGGCCAUAUUUUCGUUGACUGGUGGUAGUGUUUACUGGUCCUCUCUUUCACUCCAUUCUUUCCGAGUUUAUGAUUUUGCAUUGACUUAUUUUGAGUACAAUGGAAUCCGGGCAUUCAGAUCCUCAAUAGCAGUCACGCCCAUUCACAACAACAUAAUCCACCCCGCUUUGCUAUUGUUCUGCUGCCACCCUUUGACGCUGAAUAGACCUUGGCAGCUACUAUCAGUCUGUCUAAUAUUCUGACCUUUCCUGACUCCCCCAUGAGUCCCAAUCUUUUCACAUAUCAUUUUUGAGCAAAACUUCCUAGAGUCUACCUCUACUUUCGAUCUUUAUAUCUUUUGGAUUCUUGUCUCCAAGCGCCAAAAUCAGCAAUCUACACACCAACACACCACUUUAUCCACAUCUACCCAACUAAUUCGAAAAUGGCGUCAACCAUGGCUGGCUCGAAGCUGGCACAAAAUAGCCAUAGUCUCACCCACAGGACGAACCCGCCGUUCCCCGAUGCCCCCAGCUACAGCAACGAUAGGGACGACUGGGAGGACUGGUCAGACGAAGACCCGUACAUGGCAGACGACAGCGAGGAAUUGAUCGUGGUGCUGGAAGAUACCGAGGGCUCGCUGUCGCCGCGGUUGAGGAAGGCCCCUCUUCCGUCCCGCAAGUCUAGCGUGCUGCUUCCCGAAAACGCCUAUGCUGCCGCAUCGAGACCAACGCGCCUCAAGUCUAGGGCGAGGCAAAUGGCCCAGAACAGGGGAGUGGGCAUCAAGGUGGUGACGGACAUGACAAAGUUCCGCAAGCAGCAGCAGCAGCUGAAGAUGUCCGCCGAGGCCGAUCCCAGGCAUGGGCAGUUUGCCGACAUCGCUGCCCUUAAGGCUUUGGAGGGCGAUCAGUCUCAAUCCUCGGUCGGUAGUUGGCACUGGCUCAAGAAAACACCGACCUCCAAGGUGGGUGGCGGCAAGUCGAGGAUGUCGCGACUGAGGGCCGAGGGCGCGUCGGGCUCUGCGCAGCAGGAUCUGUCGCCGAGUGAUCGCCCCAUAAUGAUCGGCCUCGCCUUUCCAUCUGAAGAAGCCGAGAGCCGGGUUGCCGCCAGCCCCCAGAGCUCUCUGGCAGACACACCUGUGGGGUGGCCCGGUAGGAAUCAGAGAUACCUACCAGGCCAGAGGAACGAGCAGGCGCAUAUGCGCUCGGUGUGGUCGCCGGACACCGAGGACGCCGACUCGCCGCGAACAGUAUCCACUCUCUCCCCGCAGACGGCCAACAGCGGGAGCGCCGCGCGGAAUGCGCCUCCCGUUCCCGCCAUCCCUGCCGUCCCCGCCGCCGCUCUCAGCUUCAGGGAGAGGCAACGACUCAAGGACGCCCAGGCCGAAGACGAGUAUGACGACAACUUCACGCCUGUCACUCUGUUCGAAGAAGAUGGGAGCCCGAUUCUCUCGCGGAAGCCCACGACCAAAUCGACCAAGUCGAGAAAGUCAAGAGGACAUGCGAGGUCGCCCGCCACCUCCAUUAGCACCCCCGAUGGAUGGUGGGAUCACAUCCGGACGCCUUUCAUUGAGCAGGGCAUCGUCACCCCUGCCAUCGAGCAGGCCAGCAACAACCCAUUCAAGCCCAAGCCGCAUAACCAGGAGACCCAACCGCAAGCCGCCAACAAGAGCGCCGAUACCGACGAGUGGUGGGUUGGGAAAGACACCAAAAAAGGCCACCUGGCCGGCGCCACCGAGGCUAGGCCUUUGAGCAUCUCGGUGGCUGUUGCAAACAUGACGCGGCAAACGGCCAACCAGGAACCGUCUCCGGUAAUUCCGUCCUCGUCGAGAGCUACUCCGAACUCGCGGCCCAACGCCAGGUUUGAGACUGGGACUGGCACUCAGGCCUCAGAGAACCCCCCGCAAUCUCAUUCAGAGAAGGCAAGGAUUCUUGUUGAAGAAAACGAGGCACUGGCAGAGCAACCUCCCCCGUACUCACCCCCCAACAAAGAGGGCCCCUUGCGGUACCGGGCCGUAUUCCCACCAGGCCACCCCAUGUGCCCACAAUUCCCGCCUUCCCCAGGACCUGUAACUCCAGGUCUGGCGAACACGAUGACCUCCCAGGGCGCUAUCAACAUGACCGAGGUUCCCUUGACACCGGCGGCGGAUCGACCAAGCGCUCAGACCCAGCCCAGGGAUGCGCCACUGCCGACCCGCGCUCCUGGGACGUAUCCAACCGGCGACCAGUUUCUGGCCGCCGUUGGCAACUCACCAGCGGCGAGGGUGGAGCGGCAGCGGCAGCGGCACGAGAAGGAGGACGCGGUGGCGCACAAGGCCGGUGGCUUCUGGAGAGGGCGUGGCUGUAUUCCUGAAAGCGGCUGCUACGGGCGGUCGGGUCGCGAGGGUCGCAAGAGACGCCGGGUGUGGCUGGGCGUCUGCGUGGGUGUGACCCUACUCAUUGUGUUGAUUGUCGUCCUGCUCGUGCUCCUGCUUCCCAAAAAGACUCAGGAGGCACCGCAAGAGUCCAUCUGGCUGAACCUGACCAACUACCCGCCGGUGCCCACGGGCGUCCUGACGGUCGUCGGGGCCGACAACUCGGAGACCGUGACGAGCUGCGUGGCGCCAUCGACGCUGUGGAGCUGCACCCUCCCAAAGGACCAACAGGCGGCAAAUAAACCGUACGAGGCGAACCAGCCUUCGUUCGUGAUCCAGAUACAGUUCGACAACAGCACGAGACAGUUUUGGAAUGUGCCGGACGGAGCAGCCCCGACAUUCACGCCGCUCCCUACCGGACAGGUUAAUGACGGGUUCGAGAGGCCAGCACAGACACAUAGCCCAGCCAUUCCGGAGCCGGAUCUGGGCGGCGACCUUUCGAGAUUGCGCAGACCGGAGAGGAGGGCGGCCAAGCAGGAAGUUUCGGAGCGGCCUACGCUCACGUCGCGAGCAGCGGCUGGUAUUAGGGCGCUACUUAUGCGGGAUGGUGCUGCGGCAGCCAACCCCAACUUUACGCCUAUGCCCGCGCCGCCGUCCUUCCAGGACAUGUGGUUCCUCGGAAACACAACGGACAAGAUCCGCUCGGAGCGCAAGGCGGGCGAGGUGACUCCCUUCUUCAUCAGCUUCCUCCCGUCGCUCAACUCGUCGGCGGGUCCCAACAUGCUCGCGCGGCGGGGUCUCGGCAGCGGCGUCUCGUACUUCGAUCCGCUCCUCAAUAGCAGCGCCGCGCCGUCCGACGUGGACAGGCUCGUACCCAGGCCCGAGGUCAACGCGGACGGCACUCCGGCGCCGGCGCGCAUGAUCCCGCGGCAGGUACUGCAGCAGCCACUGCGGCUCUUCGACCGGGGCCUCGAGACGGAGCACUACGGCUUCUACACGUACUUCAACAAGACCAUCUACGUCAAGUCGCUCCAGGGCCCGACCAACGAGACGGCGCGGCUGGGCGAGGUGCCGGCGGACCGGGACGGCGGGGCGCUGCCGGGCGAGGCCAAGAACGCCGUGGUCUGGGGGUGGACGCGGUUCCACGUGCAGAUCUGGACGCGGCGCGGCAACAGCACGCGGCUGCUCAGCCGCGACGGGCGCGCGACCGAGGGGCUGACCGAGAAGGAGGCCUGGGAGGCGCGGCGGCCCGGCACGUUCCCGUACCCCAUCACGGUGCGCGAGGACACGCACGGCGGCGACCGCGACGGCAAGGGCACCGUGACGUACAACAUCACGGACCGCGGCAAGUUCGACACGGGCAACAUUGGGCUGCAGUUCAACAACGUCGGCGCCGGCGGCGAGUGGGUCAACCCGCGUGGGCUGAAAUUCAACCCGAGCUACGGCGGCAUCGACGGCGGCACGGGCGGCUGCAAGUGCGCCUGGACCAACUUUUUGAACCUCGGCGGCAGCGUCGUCGUGUAGGGGAGAGGGAAGACGACGACGCAUGAGUUACGAUGAAGAAGGCGAGCCCUGGCAGGCUGAAGAGGAUCCGACUUGAUAUUUUUCCUAUUUUUCUCUCUCUCUUUGUGAUGUAACCUAUAGGCCUGGCAUCAUGAUGCAUUUACAGCAUAAGCGUUGUGGGGGAGAGGCAUCUCCCAUGGUCGGAGUUCAGGUGGUGUCGGCUUGCCUACAAAAAGGCCUCGAUGGCCGAGGGAAUGCUCCAUAAUUUUUAGAUUGUCAAUUCUCUGCUGUUGUGCCGGCAGACGGUGAAAGAAAAUAACCAGAACAACAAAUUCGCAAUA